AUGUCCGCUGCUCGUGCUAGUCUGGAAGAAACUAAGAAAAGAAGGGAAGAACUGCAGAAAAAGAUUGCAGCGACUAAACAGGCUGCUGAAAGACCUGUGGAAAGAAAACCUGCAGCUUCAAUGAGGCCGCCACGAAGCCAAAUGCCGAGCUCUCAGGUAAGCUUUACGGAAAUUAUGAAAGAAAUUGAAAAGAUUCCGGAAAAUAAACCUGUUGUACAGUCGCUGUCGCCUGAAAGAGAUAAAAAUAGCAGCAAGCCUGUUUUAGCUCAUGCAAAAUUAUAUGAAUUAGCUAUCAGUGGAAGACCUAAACCUGAAAAAGUUCAAGCUGAAGUGCAAGUUGACAUCCCAAAGGAACAAAAAGUCCCCGAGCCUCAACUAAAUACUGUUGAAGAUAACAACAAAGAUGAAUACGAUGAAGAUUCUGAUGUAGAAAUGGACGAAAAAAGUCCUGAAAAAUCUUCAGAAUAUGACCCUGAGGUGGUAAAUAGAAUUAUCGAAUCAGUUGAUUUCAACGAAUUCUUUAAAAAAUCAACAAGGCUUGUAGAAAGAAGCUUAGGAAAAGAAAAGAUAGAAAAUGAAUGAAAGACAGAAUCAAACGGAAAUAUCAAAUCCUUACUAACUCUCUAUGAUCCAAAACUCUGUGAUGAAAAAAGCGUUACCUCUUUACAAUGGUCACCUUUAUAUAAAGAGUUACUAUUAGCAUCAUACAUAAGAACCACCCAGACAGUGUCUCAGGUCCCUAGAGGCUUAGUGUGCAUUUGGUCACUAUCUUUAAAUACCCGGCCAGAAUUUAUACUAAAUUGCCAAUCUUCUGUUACUGCAGCCAGCUUCAACCGCUUCGAUCACAACUUGGUAAUUGGGGGCACUUAUUCCGGCCAAAUCGUAGUUUGGGAUUUAAGGGCCAAAUCUCAGCCAAUCCAACGCACUCCUCCUAUGGCAGAAAGUCAUAGUCACCCUGUCUAUUCUUUAUCAAUAAUUGGCUCUCAACAUGCAAAUAAUAUUGUAUCUGCCUCAAAUGACGGGAAAGUUUGUGUAUGGUCUCUUAACAUGUUUCAUACCCCUACCUCUUCGUUUGAAAUGAAAUCCCGUGUUAAAGAUGUAGGCUGCACAACUAUGGCUUUUCCUGCCAAUGAAACUAAUGUAUUUUAUGUCGGCGCUGAAGAUGGGAGCAUUUUCCAAACACAGCUGCAUGGUAGCAAGCUUGUGGAUUCUGGUACUGAGACUUAUGAAGGACAUUUUGGACCUAUAACAGGGCUUGAUAUACACCCGAUAGGAGAAAAUGUAUUUACAGAUAUUGCUGGGAAUUUAUUACUGUCAAGCUCAGUAGAUUGGACAGUGAAGUUGUGGAAUUUGAAGGCAGGAAAACAGCCAAUUUUUUCAUUUGAUGCUUAUGAUGAUUAUGUGUUCGAUGUGAAAUGGAAUCCACAUCAUCCUUCAAUGUUUGCGGUAAUUGAUGGGAGUGGGUAUUUAUGCUGGACUAAACUAAAUUUGAUAAUAAAUAGAAAAUAUAAUUAUUAAAAUAAAAUUACUAUUGGGAUAUAACUAAAUAAAUAAACAUAGAAUAGAUUUUUGGAACUUGAAUAAAGAUACAGAAAUGCCUGAUAUCAGACUUAAGACUGGAAACAGUGUGCUGAAUCAUUUAGCCUGGGCCUCUGAAAGCACUCAGUUGGCAACUGGAAACUGCGAUGGACAGCUUGUCCUGUAUAAGCUUAGUAAAGAAUAUGCACACGGAACUGCUGAAGAUUGGGACAAAAUGGAAGCAAUGUUUGCUGUUGACUAG